AUGAUGUUAUCAGAGGGAAAUCAGAGUAUCAUACCCACAUUUAUUCUCCUGGGUUUUUCAGAAUAUCCAGAACCCCAGGUUCCACUCUUCCUGGUUUUCUCAUCUAUUUGCACAGUCACUGUGGUGGGGAAUUUGGGCAUGAUCUUGAUAAUCAUCAAGAUCAAUUCAAAACUCCACACGAUCAUGUACUUUUUCAUUAGUCACUUGUCCUUUGUCAAUUUCUGUUAUUCUACUGUAGUGACACCUAAAUUGUUGGAGAACUUGAUUGUGGAGGAGAGAACCAUCUCUUUCUCUGGUUUCAUUAUGCAAUUUUGUUUUGCUUGCAUAUUUGGAGUAACAGAAACUUUCAUGUUAGCAACAAUGGCCUAGGACUGUUUUGUGGCAGUCUGUAACCCCUUGCUCUAUAGCACUGCUAUGUCUCAGAAGCUUUGUGCUCUGUUGGUGGCUGGGUCUUACUCAUGGGGUAUAGUGUGUUCCCUGACACUCACAUAUUUUCCUCAUUCAUUAUCAUAUUUUGAGUCUAGCAUCAUAAAUAAUUUUAUCUGUGACCACUCUGUAAUUGUUUCUGUCUCCUGCUCAGACCCCUAUAUCAGCCAGAUGCUAUGUUUUAUUAUUGCCGUAUUCAAUGCAGUGAGCAGGCUGGUGGCUAUUCUGAUGUCCUAUAUACUCAUUUUUGUCACUUUUAUGAGGAUGCCUUCUUCAAGCGGGCACCGGAAAACCUUCUCCACCUGUGCCUCCCACCUGACAGCCAUCACCAUUUUCCAUGGAACCAUCCUUUUCCUUAACUGUAUCCUUAAUCCUAAAACUUCUUGGCUUGCAGUUAAAGUGGCUUCUGUGUUUUACACAGUGGUGAUUCCCAUGCUGAACGCCUUGAUCUACAGCCUGAGGAGCAAAGAUGUAAAAAACACAUUCAGAAAAUUAGUUUUUGCAAAAUUGCUUUAUCACUCCAUAUAG